ACAUACGCCGCACCUGCACCGGCACCGGCACCAGGAUCUCUCGGGGCUCCCCGUGAUCCUGACGCCGAUCUCCCUGUCCUGCUCGCACAACCGCACAGGGCCUCGCCCGUACGGCGGACGGCGGGCCGACUGGCGCCUGACGGUUAAUGGAAUACGAGGUUCCGCGGGGUACAGAGCCGGUCAAAUUCUGCAGCUGCCUGCGCGCGAGCAGAAGCACAUGCCCAGCUCCUGCUCCGAAAGCCAGGAGUUCGCGUUCAACGAACCUGCUUGCUCUCUCUGCGUAGCGAGCAAGCAGCCGCCCGACCCAACUUGUAUAUUAGCUCAGCUCCCAUUCCUUCGCAGCCUUCUCCUCCUAGACAAGCAGCCAACCAGAGGGGGUUCUCGUCAUCCGUGGCUGAACUUCAAGGGCGGACGGCCGGUGAUCUGAAUGAGCUUUGCGAUCGGCAGCUCUGAGCCUGAGCUCUGGUUCUCGAUCCCAUCGUCGUCGUUCUUGAACCAGAGGGUCCCGUCCGAUCACGAUGGAGAGGAGGGCGGCGAUGAGGAGCGGGCCUCACCGGAAGGGAGCGGUAGCGCACUGCGCCGAGCACAAGCCGCCGGGGUACUUCACGGCGGAGCUGGUGAUGGCGUUCCUCCUCGUGGCCGCGUCGCUGGUGCUCCUGCCGCUGGUCCUGCCGCCGCUGUCGCCGCCGCCGUCCCUGCUGCUGCUGGUGCCCGUGGGCCUGCUCGCCGUGCUCGCCGCGCUCGCGUUCGUCCCGCUCGACGCGCAGAGCCACCUCGUCGGCUCCUCGCGCUGAUCCCGCGGGGAGGCUUAGAUUACCAGCGUACAGUACAUAAAUUGCUGUGAAUUAGGAUCGGAUUAGCUAGGAUUAUCUUUUUGGUUCAAGUAUUUCCAUUGUAACCUGAUCAUCAGAUAAGUUGGAUCCGAGCCAUGCAGCUCCAAUUCAUUCAUUGAUUGAGAUCCCAUGUAUGUGAUCCAAAUGCAGUAA